AUGUAUGCCGAUCUUGAUGGCGCGGGCGAUGCAGCCUCCGCCAGUCGGCUGCCAACCAUGUCUACCACAACAGUCAAAGUGGAUGGCAUGACCUGCGGAGCCUGCACCUCUGCCGUUGAGAGCGCUUUCACGGACGUUGAAGGAGCUGGCGAGGUCUCUGUAAGCUUGAUCAUGGGUCGCGCUGCGGUACAACAUGAUCCGUCAAUACUUUCGCCGUCAAAAAUUGCGGAGAUGAUCGAAGACCGCGGGUUCGAUGCGGCGAUUUUAUCGACCGAAGAGCACAUGAAGAGCGUUGUCACUGAUACGCAGGAAACACCUCGGACACACUCAUCGAUGACUACCCUCGCGAUCGAAGGCAUGACCUGCGGCGCUUGCACCUCUGCAGUUGAAAGCGGACUUACCGACGUUGCUGGUAUCGACUCGGUUAAUGUGUCGCUGCUCUCGGAGCGCGCGGUGGUGGAACACAAUGCGGACAUUAUUACCCCGGAGCAAAUUGCGGAUAUCAUUGAGGAUCGAGGAUUUGGAGCGCGGGUGCUGGAAACUAAGGCGUCUGCGGGCUCGGACGAUGGAUCUACACUCGCCGACAUGAUUGAAGACCACAGAGGGCACAUGGUUACUACGGUUGCGAUUGGAGGAAUGACUUGUGGCGCCUGCACCUCGAGUGUACAGAAUGCCUUUACCGAUGUUGACGGCGUGGUUUCGUUCAACAUCAGUCUUCUCGCUGAGCGCGCCGUGAUCGUACAUGAUCGGUCAAUACUUACUUCCAAGGCUAUCUUGGCAAUAGUGGAUGAUGCUGGCUUUGAUGCGUCAAUCGUAUCAUCCGAACCGCAAGAACCGCUUUCGAGGAAAACCCAGCAGCUCAACCUCAGUCUUCAUGGCCUACGAGACGCCUCGUCUGCCUCUGCGCUAGAAAAAGAUCUCUCUGCCCGACCCGGAAUUAAGUCCGCCUCCAUCACCUUAGCAAACGCUCAACUUAGCAUUGCCUUCGACACGUCCGUGAUUGGUAUUCGAUCCGUGUUCGAUGUGAUUGAGGCUGCUGGAUAUAACGCGCUGAUUACAGACUUGGAUGACACCAAUGCACAGUUGGAGUCGUUGUCGAAAACUAAGGAGAUUCAGGAGUGGCGACGAGCUUUCAUUGUCUCCGUCUCCUUUGCUGUUCCUGUAUUCUUCAUUAACAUGUUGAUCCCCAUGUAUAUGCGCCCAAUCGAUUUCGGUCGGUUUCAGCUCUUUCCAGGUCUUUAUCUGGGAGACCUGGUAUGUCUUGCUCUCACCAUUCCAGUGCAAUUCGGUAUCGGCAAACGGUUUUAUAUCACCAGCUUCAAAUCUUUAAAGCACAGAUCUCCAACCAUGGAUGUUCUCGUCAUGUUAGGCACAUCGGCCGCCUUUUUUUACAGUUGUUUUACUAUGGCGAUGGCUAUUCUCAGCGACUACCACAAGCGUCCGAGCACCGUUUUUGAUACCAGCACUAUGCUCAUCACAUUUAUCACCUUGGGAAGAUGGUUGGAGAAUCGCGCCAAAGGACAGACGUCUGCAGCGCUCUCCCGCCUUAUGUCAUUGGCCCCGUCUAUGACUACUAUUUACGAGGAUCCCAUUGCAGCAGAAAAAGUGGCGGAUGGUUGGGCCUCUCAGAAUUCCCAGCCCGCAUUGGCCGAGGACUCAACGGUGAACCAGAAACUCAUCCCUACGGAACUGAUUCAAGUCGGGGACAUUGUCAUUCUUCACCCAGGCGACAAAGUGUCUGCUGAUGGUAUCGUGAUCCGAGGCGAGAGUUAUGUCGAUGAGAGCAUGAUCACAGGAGAGGCUUUGCCGAUCCACAAAAAGAAAGGCAGUCAUGUCAUCGCCGGUACUGUAAACGGCACAAGCUCGGUCGAUUUUAAAGUCACCCGGGCUGGCAAGGAUACCCAACUAAGUCAAAUUGUCAAAUUAGUCCAGGAUGCACAAACAAGUCGAGCUCCUAUUCAACGCAUGGCGGAUAUCGUGGCCGGGUACUUUGUCCCCACUAUUAUCUGCCUUGGCUUGAUUACCUUUUUCGGGUGGAUGUUCCUGAGCCACAUCUUGCCCAAUCCACCCAAGAUCUUUAAGUCUGAGGAAGCGGGCGGCAAGGUUAUGGUCUGUUUGAAGCUUUGUAUCUCAGUGAUUGUCUUCGCAUGUCCCUGCGCUUUGGGUCUUAGCACACCUACCGCUGUGAUGGUGGGAACUGGUGUUGGUGCCGAAAAUGGAAUCUUGGUCAAAGGUGGCGCUGUCCUCGAGGCUGCCACCCAGAUCAAUCAUGUUGUCUUUGACAAAACAGGUACAUUGACUACGGGCCGGAUGAGUGUCGCUCAUGCUCGGAUUGAACCUCAGUGGACGGCUAAUGAAUGGCGACGUCAAUUAUGGUGGCUUCUCGUUGGCCUUUCCGAGAUGGGUAGUGAGCAUCCAAUCGGACGAGCCAUCUUUUCUGAAGCUAAGACGGGAUCCGGUCAUCCCGGAGGAGACGGCCUCCCAGGAAGCAUUGGAGACUUCGAUGCUUGUGUAGGCCAGGGAAUCUCGGCAACUGUUGAACCCUCGACCUCCAUCGAGCGUACCCGCUACCAGGUCUUUUUGGGCAAUGCUGAGUUCUUGCGUUCGAAAAAUAUUCCCGUGCCCGCAUCCGCCGACCCUGAAUCAUCCGAGGCUGAAGAUGACUCGGAGACUCUGGGGCCUAAGCCAACUGGCGCUGCAUCUGGCAUCACCCGGAUUCAUGUCGCAAUUGACAAGCAAUACGCAGGAACUAUUUCCCUACGGGAUAGCGUCAAGGACAGCGCAGUCGCCGCAGUGGCUGCCUUGCACCGUAUGGGUAUUACAGUCUCCAUGGUCACGGGUGACACACUAUCAACGGCGAUAUCAAUCGCAACUGCCGUUGGUAUUCCCACGUCCUCAGUGCACGCCUCUGCUUCUCCGUCCGACAAACGCACCAUCAUCGACCGCCUCCAGAUGAGUGGCGAGCGAGUGGCAAUGGUCGGUGAUGGCAUCAACGACUCUCCCGCUUUAGCCACCGCCUCUGUUGGCAUUGCCUUAGCCUCCGGCACCGACGUCGCCAUGGAAGCAGCAGACAUCGUGCUGAUGCGCCCAGAUGACCUUCUCACUGUACCUGCCAGUCUCUCCUUGUCCCGCACUGUCUUCAAUCGUAUCAAGAUGAACCUUGUAUGGGCUUGUCUCUACAACGUCAUUGGCCUUCCCUUCGCUAUGGGCAUCUUCCUACCUUUCACAGGCUUCAUGCUUCCGCCCAUGGCCGCCGGUGCUGCCAUGGCUAUGUCCAGCGUCUCAGUUGUCGUCAGCAGUCUACUCUUGAAGCUCUGGCGUCGACCGUCCUGGAUGGACAUUGACCGCCUUGAGAAGGAAGCUAUCUCCGCACCACAACGGAACCAUGCUCGCAGAGCUAGCUGGUGGUCUCCUGCUACGAUGUUAUCCCCUAACGAUCCACGAUCUGUCCGGCGCUAUGUUGUGCAUGUGAUUGCUGCGCUAUGGUCUAUAAUGGCCGGCAAGCAGUCCGCUCGAGAAGAUGAGGGCUAUGUCCCACUACAAACCGUUGAACCUGUAUGA